GCGCCCUCCCGGCCGGGGACCACGGGCCGGACCGGCGACCCGGCGAGGAGGCGGGGAGGGGACAGCCCAAAGUCUCUCAGCCUCACCGCCGCUGACGACCUGCAGCUAUGGAGUCCCCGACCAAGGAGAUUGAAGAAUUCGAGAGCAACUCCCUGAAAUACCUGCAACCGGAACAGAUCGAGAAAAUCUGGCUUCGGCUCCGAGGGCUGAGGAAAUAUAAGAAAACGUCCCAGAGGUUACGGUCUUUGGUCAAACAAUUAGAGAGAGGGGAGGCUUCAGUGGUAGAUCUUAAGAAGAAUUUGGAAUAUGCAGCCACAGUUCUUGAAUCUGUAUACAUCGAUGAAACCAGGCGACUCCUGGAUACGGAGGAUGAACUCAGUGACAUUCAGUCAGAUGCUGUGCCCUCAGAGGUCCGAGACUGGCUGGCGUCCACCUUCACGCGGCAGAUGGGGAUGAUACUCAGGAGGAGCGAGGAGAAGCCCAGGUUCAAGAGCAUCGUCCACGCAGUGCAGGCUGGGAUAUUCGUGGAGAGAAUGUAUAGACGGACAUCAAACAUGGUUGGACUGAGCUACCCACCAGCUGUUAUUGAAGCAUUAAAGGAUGUGGACAAGUGGUCCUUCGAUGUCUUUUCCCUCAAUGACGCCAGUGGGGAUCAUGCACUGAAAUUCAUUUUCUAUGAAUUACUCACACGCUAUGAUCUGAUCAGCCGUUUUAAGAUCCCCAUUUCUGCACUCGUCUCUUUCGUGGAGGCCCUGGAAGUGGGGUACAGCAAGCACAAAAACCCCUACCACAACCUGCUGCAUGCCGCCGACGUGACGCAGACCGUGCACUACCUUCUCUACAAGACAGGAGUAGCGAACUGGCUGACAGAGCUGGAGAUCUUCGCUAUAAUCUUCUCAGCUGCCAUCCAUGACUAUGAACAUACCGGAACCACCAACAAUUUCCACAUUCAGACUCGGUCUGAUCCAGCUAUUCUGUACAAUGAUAGAUCUGUACUAGAAAAUCACCACUUAAGUGCAGCCUAUCGCCUUCUGCAAGAAGAUGAGGAGAUGAAUAUUUUGAUCAACCUCUCAAAGGAUGACUGGAGGGAGUUUCGAACCUUGGUAAUUGAGAUGGUGAUGGCCACAGAUAUGUCCUGUCAUUUCCAGCAAAUCAAAGCGAUGAAGACAGCUCUGCAGCAGCCAGAAGCAAUUGAAAAGCCAAAGGCCUUAUCCCUUAUGCUGCAUACGGCAGAUAUUAGCCAUCCGGCAAAAGCAUGGGAUCUCCACCACCGCUGGACGAUGUCACUCCUGGAGGAGUUUUUCAGACAGGGUGACAGAGAAGCAGAGCUGGGGCUGCCUUUUUCUCCUCUGUGUGACCGAAAGUCAACUAUGGUUGCCCAGUCACAAGUAGGUUUUAUUGAUUUCAUCGUGGAACCCACCUUCACUGUGCUCACAGACAUGACCGAAAAGAUUGUGAGUCCAUUAAUCGAUGAAACUUCCCAAAGUGGCGGCACAGGACAGAGGCGGUCAAGUUUGAACAGCAUCAGCUCAUCAGAUGUAAAGCGAUCAGGUGUUAAGAGCUCUGGGUCAGAAGGAAGUGCCCCGAUCAGCAACUCCGUCAUCCCUGUUGACUAUAAGAGCUUUAAAUCUACUUGGACCGAGGUGGUACACAUCAACCGGGAGAGAUGGAGGGCCAAGGUGCCCAAAGAGGAGAAGGCCAAGAAGGAAGCAGAGGAAAAGGCUCGCCUGGCCGCAGAGGAGAAGCGAAAGGAGAUGGAAGCCAAGAGCCAGUCCGAGGAGGGCGCAGCCAGCACAGCCGAGAAGACGACGUCUGGAGACGCCAAGAACCAAGUCAAUGGAACGCGCACGAACAAAAGGGACAACCCUCGGGGGAAGAAUCCCAAAGCUGAGAACUCCUCUGGAGAAAAGCAGCAGAAUGGUGACUUGAAAGAUGGUAAAAAUAAGACAGACAAGAAGGAUCACUCCAAUGUCGGAAAUGACUCAAAGAAAACAGAUGGCACAAAGCGGCGUUCUCAUGGCUCACCAGCUCCAAGCACUAGCUCCACAAGUCGCCUUACCUUGCCAGUCAUCAAGCCUCCUCUGCGUCAUUUUAAACGCCCUGCUUAUGCAUCCAGCUCCUAUGCCCCUUCGGUCCCAAAGAAAACUGAUGAGCAUCCUGCAAGGUACAAGAUGCUGGAUCAGAGGAUCAAACUGAAAAAGAUUCAGAACAUCUCACAUAACUGGAACAGAAAAUAAGUCAAGGGGAAGAAGAGAGGAAGUGGGAGAGGGUCCAGGUACCUGCUGCUCAGCACUCACUGGCCGCAGCGGGAUAUGCCUCCAAGGCCCCUGGAGGCAUCGGAACAGGUACUGUCGUGGUCGACUCCACCAAGGCAAAAUGAAGCCUCUGUGGGAUCUUCCUCUUUGUUGUUCUCUUACAGACUCAUCAGUUGCUGGAUUUGGGGUCAAUCUAGAGGCCAGCAGCAAACUAGAAAGAGGGUUGUUUCACGUGGCUUUUACGGUAUAGAUCUUUUCAAGGUAUAAACUGGACCAAAAUUAAAAUGAUAAAAUCUGUCAAGAAAAGGUGAAAUUCCUCCCAUUGCCACUUUAGUCAUCCCUGAAAGUUGACUUUCCCC